AUGAGCGUAGCGAUUCGGCUCAAGCGACAUGGCACGAGGAACCGUCCGUUCUACCGAAUUGUCGUGAUGGACUCGCGGCGACCGCGCGACGGCAGGGUUAUCGAAGAGGUGGGCCGCUAUCAGCCGACCGAGCCCGAAGGCGCGCAGGCGACCGUGGACGAGGUGCGCGUACGCGAAUGGAUCGGCAAGGGCGCUCGGCCUUCGCCGACCGUGCGCCGCAUCCUCAACAGACAGGCCCGCGGCGAGGAAGGACAGGCCCGCGGCGAGGACGGAGAGGGACAGGCGUCCGCGUCCGAGCAGUAA